AUGGACGGCCGGCUCACCUCCGUCGAAUCAAGUCUGCUCGAGCUCUCGCGUACGCAAAAUCAGCACACCGCAUUCAUUGAGCAUAACACGAACUGCAUUGCCAGUCUCGAUGAGCGAGUCACCGCUGAGAUCGUUGCCAUCAGGUCAGACAACGAUCGAGCUUUUACGGCUAUGCGAGCGAAGAUCGGACGUGUUUGCGAUCAGUCGCGAACCGCCGCCGUUGCACUAGUGGCAGAUCUUGACACUUGUGAGGUUCGCGUGUCCGGUAUUCCCCUUUCUGUUGAUGUCACCAGCAGUGCAGUGGCUGAGCGAAUCGUCUCUGCCUUGGGACUGGACAGGCUGGUUCCACACAUAUUAUCAGUGCGUGAGUGGGCUCCGCGUCGCCGUUCACCUGCAUCUGCGCCGAGCGCUAGUGUUGCAGCGCCCGAUCCCGAGUUGAGGACUAUGGUCAUUCGUUUUUCAUCGGCGAACGCCCGCGAGACCUUCCUCGCCGCCACUCCGAAGUUUCAGCGCUUAUCAUUGCACACCAUUUUUGGUAUUACGGACAAUGGAGGUCCCACCCACAACACUAGUCCACUGUCACUACCCGGUUUCAAUUUUUAUCAUCACGAUAGACUCAAACGCAAAGGUGGCGGAGUCGGCCUAUAUGUCAGAUCCGAUUUCAAGGUUUCUACCAUCUUUACCUCUGAUCAGCGCUACCUUAAUAGGCCCGAAUAUGCCGUGUACUCUAUUGAGCACUGCUCUUUUAAGCUGCUCCUUGCCGUAGUCUACCGUCGUCCAAAAGCAUCUUAUCCAUUUACUUUUUUUGACACAAUAUCUGAAAUUUUACACCAAUACAAGCACGUUCUUAUUCUUGGUGAUUUCAACAUCAAUAUGAUUAAACGUCGCAACCGACACACGCGUUACAUUCGUAAUCUCACAAAAGCUUAUAAUUUACAUCUUGUCAGCAAUAGUCCCACUCAUCAAGUAUCGUACACAGACGGAUCCCUGCACAUAUCUUGCUUGGAUCUUGUAUUCACAAACGACCCCACAUCUAUAAAUAAUUUCAAUAUAUCCGAAACCCCUUUUGCCGCCGGCCAUCACUUCAUUUCAUUUAAACUCAGCAUCUCACUUCCCGUUCUUCUACCGAAAACUCUAUUGCUUCGCAAACAGUCUCACAUUGAUCAUACUUCAUUCAACCUCGAUCUUCAGUCCGAACUACGCAACAAUUUCGAAGGUGCAGACCUCUCACUCAUAGGCCCUUAUCACCCUGCGACCACCCAUGGCUCUCUUUCCGACGUCAUGCAUCCAGACCUCGUUCAAGCUACCAUCACUACGAGCCUGCUUUCAGUACUUGAUGCACAUGCACCUCUUCAAUCCACAGUCAUCAAACCUAAAGCCAAACCUUGGUUCUGUGCUGAGCUUCGCUCUCUCAUGCGCACUCGCGAUCGUGCAUAUCGCAUUUAUAGCCGACGCCGCACCGCCGAGGCUCUGGCAGCUUAUCGAUAUCAUCGUCGUAUCCUCAAAAAUCGACUCGACUCGGCCAAAAACGGCUAUAUCUCUCGUGAGCUGGCUGCUGCGUCAUCACCCAAUAAAUAUUGGUCCGUUCUAAAAAGAAUUGGAGUCACUGCUCAAAAAAGCCCAUCCCCGCUCACGUAUUUUUCAUCGGCUGCACUCUGUCAGCACUACGCUCGCGUCUCAUCUGCCUCACCGCCGCUUACUAUCGAGUCUAUCAAAAAUGCUCAAAACUUACCUUUGUCUCGUACUACACCUACGUUCUCAUUUGAGCAUGUCACAGCAUCGGACGUGAUUGCAAUAAUGGCCAAGUGCAGCUCCUCCAGCACCGGGCCCGACGGUGUACCACUGUCUGUGCUCAAGCUCGCCUCUUCCACCCUGGCUGAGCAUAUCGCACAUCUGGCAAACUCAUCGUUUGCGACAGGAGUCUUUCCAUCCGCUUGGAAGCUGUCGUCGGUCAUUGCGCUUUCUAAAUGCCCCACUCCGCAGUCUCCAUCUGAUACUCGGCCCAUAUCGCUCUUGGCCGAGCUCUCCAAAAUCAUCGAGAGAUUUGCUCAUGCACAGCUCUCAACUCAUCUGGCUCAGCAUAAUCUGCUUGACCCCCAGCAACACGGUUUUAGACCCGGUCAUUCAACGCAGACGGCAUUGCUUGAUUUCACUGAGGCGGUCCGGGUGGCGGUGGACAAGAGAAAGGUCACCAUCUUGGUGUCUUUUGACUUUUCAAAGGCUUUCGAUACCAUCGACCACGGCGUAUUGAUCACUAAGCUGCGCCGUAUUGGCUGCGAUGCAGCUGCUGUGGAGUGGUUUGCCAGCUACCUCAGCGAUCGCAAGAUCGCAGUCAGAGGCGACGACGGCACUCUCUCUGAGCCGCUGCCGAUCUCUUCGGGCGUUCCGCAAGGCUCUGUUCUUGGGCCCCUACUUUUUGCCAUUUUCAUAAAUGACCUACGUGAAGCUUUGGUGUCCUCUAAGCACAUCAUCUACGCCGACGACACUGCCAUUUUUCAACAUCACUUCCCGUCAAAAAUUAGAGAGCUAAUUGCAAACAUCAACACUGAUGCCAAUGCAGUCUCAUCCUGGGCUAUAGAAAACAAGCUCAACCUCAAUUCAGCUAAAACCAAGGCUAUGAUUCUCGGCAGUCUCGCCUAUGUGUCCGGCAUUGACUCAGACGCACUGCCUGUAAUCUCAGUGAAUGGCACAAACAUCGCCUUCUCGACGAGUAUUAAAUGCCAUUUGGCACGAUACUCGCUGCGUUUUUACAGACACGCACUAAAUCGAGACUUCAGAGCCAAACUUGCAGUCGCGCUGGUCCUGCCUCACUUGGAUUAUGUGGCUGCUGUCUACAAUGACGUAUCUGCUACGUCCGACCUCCGACUUCAGCGUCUCCAAAAUGCUUGCGUCCGCUUUGUCUUCGGGACAAUACCUGCUCGCGAACACGUGACCCCGUAUCGUCUUGCUCUCGGCUGGCUGUCAGUUAAGCGACGUCGCCAGUACUUGCUUGUUUUACUGGCGCUCAAUAUACUACGGAAGGGCGAGCCCAGCGCUCUCCGAGAUCUCUUCACGCUCUCAUCUGAUCGGCAGAUUCGCCACUCAUUGCGACAGCAAGCCCCAUUAUUGCAUUAUAAAACCCCUCGCACCUCAUCAUUUCACAAUUCAUUUUUUAUCACCGCCUCACGCAUCAUAAACUCACUUCCAUUUCAAAUCGACCUCACCAAUAGAUCCAUAGACUAUCGCGCAUCUCUUCACCACCACUUAUUCUGCCUUGACAAGGCAGACUGGAUCACUCGUUGCCACAACGAAAACAUCGAUCCAAUUCCACCCCCGCUCAUCAACGAGCUGGUUCUCUGGCCCUAG